AUGAAACCUUCAAGAAUGAAAGAGCAUCUUAUGAAAAAACAUUCAGAUAAAAGUAACAAAAAUAUUUUAUACUUUAGUGACCUAAAGAAUAAAUUUGAAAAACGAAAAACCAUAAGUGGACUUUUUAAUAAAACACAUCUUAAUAAUGAUAAAGGUCUCCUUGCGUCCUACAAAGUGUCUCUUUUAGUUGCGAAGUGUGGAAAACCACACACUAUCGGCGAAACACUUAUUUUACCUGCUGUAGAAGCAAUAUUAAAAUCAAUGACAAAUUUAAAUGUAACUGACAUAACUUCAUCUAUUGCUCUCAGUAAUAAUACUGUGUCCAGGCGAAACGAUGAAAUGGCGUAUGAUGCUCAAAUAAAAUUGUGUGAUAUUUUAAAAAUUACAAAAUGUUCACUCCAACUUGAUGAAUCCACUUUACGAGAUAACGAAGCCCUGUUACUUGCGUACGUGCGAUAUGUAAACAUCGACCAAAAAAUAACGGAAGAACUACUAUUUGCAAAAUCAUUAAUCACGGAUACUGAAGGAUUAACCAUAUUUAAUGUAGUAAAUAAUUUUUUCAUAGAAAAGGGUAUUCCUAUUACAAAUUGUAUAGCUUGUGCCACUGAUGAAGCGCCUGCAAUAAUUGGACGUCAACGUGGUUUUAUUGCUCAUUUAAAAAAUGCAGUCCCUAGGAUUUUAACAGUUCAUUGUGUCAUUCAUCGUCAACAUUUAGUAGCUAAAAAUUUAAGUAAUGAAUUGUUUGAUAUCAUGUGUUUUGUCAUAAAUGCUGUUAAUAAAAUCAAAGCUAAAUCAUUGAAUGACCGUUUGUUUCGACAAUUAUGCCACGAAAAUGAUGAAGACUUUGAACGCCUUGUUCUACACACCGAAGUUAGGUGGCUAUCAAAAGGAAAUUGUUUGACACGCUUUUAUAAUUUAUUUCAAACUAUACUAGAAUUUCUGCAGCCACUUGAUAAACAACUUUACGAUGAAUUACACAAAAGAGAGACGAAUAUCGCAUACCUAUCAGAUAUUUUUGAAAAACUUAAUGAAGUCAAUAAAAAUUUGCAAGAAAAACUACUCGAAGUGAAGCACAAUGAAGAAGCUAAAAUCGAUUUUAAACAUAAUGGAUACGAGUUGUUUUGGCUCAAACAAAAAACUAUGUACCCUCAACUUUGGAAAGAAGUGGAAUUACUAAUUAUGGCUUUUUCGUCGACAUACCUGGUCGAAAAAGGCUUUAGUGCGGUUCAACAACUUUUGACCAAAUCAAGAAAUAAAUUAGAAAUAUGUGAAAGAGGAGAUUUAAGACUAAUGCUGACAUCUAUUGAGCCAGAUAUCAUUUCGUUAGCAGGAAAACAUCAACCUCAGGGCAGUCAUUAG